UUUCAAACAGAUUGUACCAAAAUGGAAGAUGGCACUGUAAAUGACCCAAGUGUGCAGGACAAAAUGUGUGCAUAUUGAUUCGAUAACCUCAAAGAAAUCCACUCAAACGGAGAGAUUUUAAUGUACCCCAAAGAUCUGCCAAAUGGGGAAUAUCCUUUAUUCAUCACAUGGCAGCUGGAUAAAAUUCUCAGAGGAUGUAUUGGAACCUUCAAGGCGGAACUACUGUCAAAGCUAGUACCUCUUUACUGAUAUAUUGCCGCUUUCAAAGAUGAUAGAUUCCCUCCGAUCUCUGAAAAAGAGAUUCCAUUGCUGACUUGAUCUGUAUCUUUACUAUCAAAUUUCGAAAAUAUUGAAGAUCCACUAGAUUUUGAAAUCGGAAAGCAUGGAAUGGAAGUAGAAUUUGAGGUUGAUGAGAAGAAAUACAGAAGCACAUACCUCCCACAUGUUCCAUUUGAGCAAAACUGGACUCAAGAACACACUCUUAACAAGCUGAUCAGUAAGGCUGGAUAUAAGGAUGGGAAGUAUGAAGAUAUUAAGGAUAAAUUCACCAAAGCGACUAGGUAUCAGAGUAUUAAAUUCAAGAUGACUCACCAACAAUAUCUUGAACAUAAAGAGAAGCUUGGAAAGUCUACUGAAGAGAACAAGGAAGAAGGUGAAUAAUCCCACAAAAAAUUCAAUAGAGCA